AUGACCACCUCUCGAUCCUCGUCUCACAAGUCCCACCUCGACGACGACGGCGUGCUCUCAGACGUCCGCAACUUCGAGGACAUUUCCCUCGACGAUGCAGCCGCGACCGCCGCGCCCGUCCACAACAACCCGUCCGUCUCGGCCCGCCGCCCUCUCACCCGGGACAAUCACCUGAAAGUCACCAUCCCGAAGCAGCCCCAUGCAUCUCCCGUGUACCAGUCCGACGGCCACGGCGCCCACGCGGGCCAGAGAAACCUCUCGACGACACGUACCCUGACGCGAACGAGAGACGUGUCGCAGAAAUUCCUCCCCCAACGUGACACUAGCUCUGGGCUAGCCAAUCGAGCGAGACAGGAUCCUCCGAGCCCCCAGAGUCCCGGCCGGUUAUCCAAUGGUCGAAGCGUUAGCGCCCAUGGCUCCCUCGAUCCUCCACCCCGGAGCCCUUCCUUUAGGAGGUUACCCAUACAGCCGUCCUUGACGGCCCCGAAUCUGCUCCCGCGGCAGAGGAGUCCUAGUCCCAACUUCCUGCUGGGGCCCAAGGAUCCGAACCAGAUUUUGCGUCCUAGGAGAAGCAGCUGGCAAUCGAACAGGGAACGAAAGACGAUAUUAGAGCUCGAGAGGGAAUUCGAUGACGACGAAGACGACGACGAUGAUAUCCCCGACGGCCUCAUCCUCGACAACGUACCCAUCUCCCCGCGGCCGACGAGCGAACGACCGAAAAGCCAGCCCCAAUCCCCCUUAUUAUUACCCCACGGCUUGUCCCUGUCCUCCAAGGACCGUCGAAGCGUAGGGAACGGCACUCCCGCUGUGGCCACGGCCCAGGGCAGCCUCCGCUCUCCGACGUGGAAAUCCGACACGGCCCUCGCCGACUGCAACGGCACCGAGCACAACUUCCCGUCCCAGUUCAACGGACAGGCCAAAGGCCGGGCCAAGAGCUGGAACAUCGCCAUGGCGAGCUUGAGCCCCGAGAUGAAGGCGCUGACGGAGAAGCUCGAGGAGCACUCGGACGAGCUGGACGAGAAGACGCGGUCAAGCCACGAGAAGAGGCCCGCGACGUGGGACGUGUCGAGGCAGGCGUUCGAUCCCGUCAACUGGAAGCCGAAGCUCCGGAAACACUCGCAGCUGCCGGAAUUACCGCCCCUGCGGAGGAACAACGUCAUGAUCGACCCGUUACCUAUUUCAAAGGAGAAGGAGGCGGUGUUGAGCCGUACGAGACCGUCGUGGCUCCCGCCCAAGGAUCCGGCCGAGGAGAAGAGGCAUCUACGGCAGUACAAGCAGAUGAUGGCACAGAGCGCUGAGGCCGAUCGUCGGAAGGAAGCUACCCGCAGCGCGAUAAAGACGCACCGUGACAACGCGGCCGAUAAUCUGAUGCGGAUAUGGGAGGAAGAGGUGAUACCCCGAUGGGGACACGCCACGCGAGAACCUCGCACCCGGGAACUAUGGUGGAAGGGUAUCCCCCCGCGGAGCAGAGGCGUCGUGUGGUCCAAGGCCAUCGGCAAUGAGUUGGGUCUCUCGGAGCUUUCUUAUACCGCUGCCCUGAAGCGGGCGCAGGAUGCUGAGGAGCGCAUCAAGGCUGAUAAGGGGGAUCCGGAAGAUACGCGUCGCGCUGCGUGGUUCGAGGCGAUACGGAAGGAUGUGGCGGAGAAGACUUGGCCUGAUCUGCGUAUAUUCCAGGAGGGAGGGCCGUUGCAUGAGAGUCUGACUGACGUUCUCUCGGCGUACGCGAUGUACCGCGGGGACAUCGGAUACGUCUCCGGCUGCAAUUCCAUCGCCGCCCUCCUCCUCCUCAACCUCCCCAACGCAACAGACACCUUCAUCGCCCUCGCCAACGUCCUCAACCGCCCCAUCCCCCUCAGCUUCUACGCCGGCGACCCCGGCGCCAAGUCCUCCGCCUACAACCUCGUCGUCCAAACCCUCAAGGAUAAAUCCCCCGCCCUCCACCAGCACAUCACCUCUAAAAUCCCCGACCCGGAGCCAGACGCCUACCUCUCCGGCAUCUUCACGACGCUCUUCACAGCCUCGCUCGCCGUCGACGAGGCGGCCAGGCUCUGGGACGUGUAUGUCUUCGAGGGGGAUGCGGUGCUUAUUCGCGCCGCUGUUGCGCUGAUCGUGUGGGAGGAGGGCCCGCUGCUGGGCGCGGCGUCCGUGGAGGAUGUUAGGGCCGUGCUUGGUGGGGGCGGGGCGAGUACGAGGCAGAAGAAGGUGUUGGGGGAGGUGGGGGCUGAGGAUCGCUGGAUGCAGGCUGUCCGGGAGGCGGGUAAGGCGUAG